AUGUCCAACAACCCCUUUCUCGACCCUGCCGACGGCGCUCGCGGCGGUUCGAAGAGCCAGGGCAAGCCGAAUGUACCGGAUGACAUAUUUAAGGAUCUUUCGCUGCUCGAUAAGUCGGCAUCCAAUGACACACCACCAACUCGCCUCCCACCGCCACGCCCAGGUCAACCAGAACAAAGGCGUCCCAUAGGACCGAACGACCGCCGUGAUCGCUCAACUCCACGCGGACCACCCAGAGGUCCCGACAGCCCCAACAAACGGGCACCAGAGCACCGACGACGGGCCUCCGAGACCUCAGUAAUGGAGAAAGAGAGAAUGGACCGCCGCGAGCGCCGCAGAGAGGACGCCGACCGCCCACCGCGUACUGAAAGCGAGGAGCGCAGGCGGCGUGAAAGAAGGAAGGAGCGUGAGGAGCGGUAUAAACGCGAAGGGCGCGACAAGAAUGGCCGUCGUACGAAGCCUGGGCGCAACCUCGACUUGAUUGACAAGCUUGAUGUGACUGGGAUUUACGGACAAGGAUUAUUCCAUCACGAUGGCCCAUUCGAUGCUUGCAACCCACACAGGAAUGCGAAAAGGGACCGCCGUGCACCAAUGGAGGCCUUCCCCGUAGGCUCGGCGAACAUGGCCAUGGGUGGGUCAGGUCCAUUGAACAGUCGCUUGGAUCUCGACAAAUUCCACGGACGCGGCGAAGAAGGCUUCCAGGAUUACGGCCAAACUCGCAAAGUGGCACCUGCGCCUCAGUAUGUCAACCCCACCGACCGCAUCGAGCAGGUCCACGGUGACGCCAGCUACGGCUUGGGCACAUCAACUUUCCUGGAAGGCGCACCCGCCAGCAAGCGCGCACUCGAGCGCCGUGAGUCCGAAGACCAGACGACUUGGCAAGGCGAGCAAAUGGGUGGGGGGCUGCAGCGCAAGAAGUCCCUCGCCCAGCGCUUCCGCGGUCGGGGGAUGUCUGCCUCCCAACGCCGUGGCCCCAACGGCGAGGUCCGCAGCCCCGACGCUCGCUACAACGACACCACUCCAGACGCUCGCAUCAAAGCCGUCAGCGCUGGCGGACCAUCACACGCCCGAUACACGAAAGAGAACGAGAUCAACCCCUUCGACAACGAGUACGACUCGGCCUUCGACAAGAAAGGCACACAGAUCAAGAUCGCGGAGCAGGAGCGCCCGACGGCGAAUAUGUCUCGUUCGCGGACGCCGAGCAGCCCGAAACCGUAUGGUCUCACUAGGAGCGUGACUGCGGAUUCGGCCGUGCGGACGAGCACCGAGGAGGAGAAGCCGCAGGGCGGUGGGUUCUUGAACAGGAUGAAGUCGCUGAAGGGCGGGAGGAGGGCGAGGCCGGAGCGGAAGGAGUCGUCUACCGGGUGA